UUAAUUUAAAAUAUUUAUUUUUCGUUAAAGAUCAUCAUGUUAUUUGGAUCAAAACUAAUAAUCGGAUUUAUCCUAUGGGCAUCCGAAUACAAAGAAUCCGAUGGACAUGGACGACUUAUCGAACCACCUUCCAGGUCAUCCAUGUGGAGGUACGGCUUCAGCACGCCACCGGAUUACAACGACCAUGAAUUGUAUUGUGGAGGCUUUACAAGGCAAUACCAGACGAAUGGUGGCAAAUGCGGUAUAUGCGGCGAUCCAUGGGAUUCGCCACAGCCGAGACUACACGAAGCCGGUGGAAAGUACGGGCUGGGCGUGAUCGUACGCCGCUACAAGACCGGGCAGCCGAUGAUCGUGCGCGUCGAGCUGACGGCCAACCACCGCGGGUACUUCGAGUUUAGGCUGUGCCCGAACAACGCGCCCAAGCAGGUGGCCACGCAGGCGUGCCUGGAUAAGCACGUAUUGCGCAGGGUGAGGACAAAGGACGCGGACGAUAUGUUCCACGAGACACGCUACUACCCGGGCACGGAAAACAAGGUUUACGAGAUGCGGUACUUGCUGCCGGAUGGCAUGACGUGCAGCCAGUGCGUGUUGCAGUGGAAGUACGUUGCCGGUAACAACUGGGGCGUGUGCGAGAACGGCACCGGUGCGGUGGGCUGCGGGCCUCAAGAGGAGUUUAGGGCGUGCGCGGACAUCUCGGUGUCCGACAGGGACGGCACGGUGGACACGUCACCGUACCCGACGGUUCCGGUGGUUACCGUGAGCACCACCGUGGCCACAGACAAGGAGUCGAGCACGGAGCCCGAGGACGCGAACGAGAUACCGGACUCAUCGCGCGGCGGAGGGCUACCGCCGACCACCGGUUCCAGCUUCGGCCUAGCCGUGUUCGUCGUGUCCACUGUGUUGCUGUCGCUGGGCUUUGUCUCGGUUGUGUUCGCAUUCGUCUAUUGGUACUUUUACCAUGCCGGCGACAACGUUAAAUCAUGGUGGAGACGGAUGGCCGAAUCGUCUUACUCUUGCAUGCGCAAGGGUGACGGCGACGGAGGGAAGAAGAAGAACGGCAACACCGAUCAACAACAACAGCAGCAGCAGCCCGUUCCGCCACCUAGAGUGAAGAAGACCGCUAUAGGGUUUAACGGCGUACCUGACAAUCUUGUCUAACACUUGUGAACAAUAACGAUCGCUAGGCUGUAGAAAUAUUUUCAUUGUUAAUAUUAUUAUUAUUAAUAUUAUUUUUUACAUUACACGAAUUGUGAUCAUACUUGAAUAUUUAAAUGAUAGUGGUUUGCCUAAAUAAAACCUGUACAUAAAUAAUAUAUUUAAUAUUGUCGACGACUAUUAGUUAUAUCGACGCUGAUAAUGACUAUUUUUGUAUAAUUUUAUUAUUAUUUUUACUGUGAACAAGUCUCGUCCUAACAAUCAUAUAGACACCGUAUGUAAGAAUAUAAAAUGUUCUAAAAAUCUAUCAUUA